AUGCCGGGGGGCAAGAGAGGGCUGGUGGCGCCGCAGAACACAUUUUUGGAGAACAUCGUCAGGCGCUCCAGUGAAUCAAGUUUCUUACUGGGAAAUGCCCAAAUUGUGGACUGGCCUGUAGUUUAUAGUAAUGACGGUUUUUGUAAACUCUCUGGGUAUCAUCGAGCUGAUGUAAUGCAGAAAAGCAGCACUUGCAGUUUUAUGUAUGGAGAACUGACUGACAAGAAGACCAUUGAGAAAGUCAGGCAGACGUUUGACAACUACGAGUCAAACUGCUUUGAAGUUCUUCUGUACAAAAAAAACCGAACCCCUGUUUGGUUUUACAUGCAAAUCGCACCAAUAAGGAACGAACAUGAGAAGGUGGUGUUGUUCCUGUGUACCUUCAAGGAUAUUACACUGUUCAAGCAGCCCAUAGAGGAUGACUCAACGAAAGGUUGGACAAAAUUUGCCCGGUUGACACGGGCUUUGACAAAUAGCCGGAGUGUUUUACAGCAGCUUACACCAAUGAAUAAAACAGAAACAGUCCACAAACAUUCACGACUGGCUGAAGUUCUUCAGCUGGGGUCAGACAUCCUUCCUCAGUACAAGCAAGAAGCGCCAAAGACGCCACCACACAUCAUUUUACACUAUUGUGCUUUUAAAACUACCUGGGACUGGGUGAUUUUAAUUCUUACCUUCUACACCGCCAUCAUGGUCCCUUACAAUGUUUCUUUCAAAACCAAGCAGAACAAUAUAGCCUGGCUGGUGCUGGACAGCGUGGUGGACGUGAUUUUUCUGGUUGACAUCGUUUUAAAUUUUCACACAACUUUUGUGGGGCCGGGUGGAGAGGUCAUUUCUGACCCUAAGCUCAUAAGGAUGAACUAUCUGAAAACUUGGUUUGUGAUUGAUCUGUUGUCCUGUUUACCUUAUGACAUCAUCAAUGCCUUCGAGAACGUGGAUGAGGGAAUCAGCAGUCUCUUCAGUUCUUUAAAAGUGGUCCGCCUCUUACGCCUGGGCCGAGUUGCUAGGAAACUGGACCAUUACCUGGAAUAUGGAGCGGCGGUCCUUGUGCUCCUGGUGUGUGUGUUUGGACUGGUUGCUCACUGGCUGGCCUGCAUCUGGUACAGCAUCGGAGACUAUGAAGUCAUUGAUGAAGUCACCAACACCAUUCAAAUAGACAGCUGGCUCUACCAGUUGGCCUUGAGCAUUGGGACUCCGUAUCGCUACAAUACCAGUGCUGGGAUCUGGGAAGGAGGACCCAGCAAGGACUCCCUGUAUGUCUCCUCCCUCUAUUUCACCAUGACGAGCCUUACAACCAUAGGAUUUGGAAAUAUAGCUCCAACCACAGACGUGGAAAAGAUGUUCUCAGUGGCCAUGAUGAUGGUUGGCUCUCUUCUUUAUGCAACUAUUUUUGGAAACGUCACCACCAUUUUCCAGCAAAUGUACGCUAACACCAACCGUUACCACGAGAUGCUGAACAAUGUUCGAGAUUUCCUGAAACUGUACCAGGUUCCGAAAGGCCUUAGCGAACGUGUCAUGGAUUACAUUGUCUCAACAUGGUCAAUGUCAAAGGGCAUCGACACGGAGAAGGUUCUCUCCAUCUGUCCCAAGGACAUGAGAGCUGACAUCUGUGUGCAUCUGAACCGGAAGGUUUUUAAUGAACAUCCCGCAUUUCGAUUGGCCAGUGAUGGAUGUCUGCGUGCCUUGGCAGUGGAGUUCCAAACUAUUCACUGUGCUCCUGGGGACCUGAUUUACCACGCUGGAGAGAGUGUGGAUGCCCUGUGCUUUGUGGUGUCGGGGUCCUUGGAAGUUAUCCAGGAUGACGAGGUGGUGGCCAUUUUAGGGAAAGGUGAUGUGUUCGGAGACAUCUUCUGGAAGGAAACCACCCUUGCUCAUGCGUGUGCCAAUGUCCGGGCCCUGACUUACUGUGAUCUGCACAUCAUCAAGAGAGAAGCCCUGCUCAAGGUCCUUGACUUCUAUACAGCAUUUGCAAACUCAUUUUCAAGGAAUCUCACUCUCACUUGCAAUCUAAGGAAGCGGGUAUGUUGCAUCUUCUUUCCCUUAUGA